AUGAAAGAGGUGAAGACAGCUGGGCUCAUCUUUAUCUGUUUUUCACUGCUUUAUGGUUUUGUUGCAGCAUUGAACUGCAGCAGCCCAACUCUCGAAUCCUUGUUUGAUGCACUUGAGAAGGAAUUAUUUCCUAAAAAACUGGUGCGACCUGUAAAAUACCCCACGGAUACAUUAAACAUAUCUGCCUAUAUGACUUUGGAGGGUAUUUUAGGAGUGAAUGAAAAAGAUCAGUCCCUAUCAACAUUAAUAUGGCAAGUCAUGGAGUGGGAUAUCCAUGGACUGAGCUGGGAUGAGAAGGAAUGUGGAACUAAAAGAAUCUCUGUCCCUCGAGAAAAGCUUUGGGUCCCAGACAUCAUCAUCUCAGAGACCAUGGAGGAAGACAAAUCUCCCCAUACUCCCUAUGUCUACUUAUACAACACAGGUCAUGUAUAUGAUGAUAGGCCUGUAAGAGUGGACAGCUCCUGCCGAUUAGUAAUCUACAAUUUUCCCUUUGAUAUCCAAAACUGCUCACUGACCUUUGGAACAUUUCUACACAAGGCCGAAGACGUAAGGAUAAGUGGAAGCAGGUCAUCUGAAGAGAUCCUGGCAGAGUCCAAAAGUGUGAUAAACACCAGAGGGGAGUGGGAGCUUUUGGAUAUCAAAGAAGCUCCAUACACCCUGGAGAUAACUGCUGGAAGCUACUCUGAGAUCAAAUACUUUAUUAUUUUAAAACGUAGGUCAACCCUCUAUGUGAUAAACCUCCUGGUACCGAGCUGCUUCCUCAUCUCACUGGACCUCUUCAGCUUCCUGCUGCCUCUCCAAAGUGUGGACCGGUCCACUUUCAAGAUGACCCUCAUCCUGGGUUACACCGUUUUCCUGCUCCUCAUGAAUGAUCUGUUGCCUGUUACUGGAAAUACAACACCUCUCAUGAAUAUUUUCUUUUUGGUCAGUCUUGCUCUGAUGGUGGCCAGCCUGUUGGAGACGGUGAUUGUCAUUAACAUCCAGUCCAACACCAGCCACUGCAAAGCGGUGCCUCACUGGCUUAGUGUCCUUGUGUUACGAUAUCUGGCUGUUAUUGUUCGUUUCCGUCCAGAAAAGAAGAGCAAUCGCAUCACAGUCUCCCUUCAACCACCUGCUGAAGUCAUGAAUGUCAGCAUCAUCUGUUCAAAAGAUCUUCAGGGCGUCACUGGUGAUACAUCUCCAGCGAAAGCCCCUACAGAGCUGAUCCUGGAGGAACUGAGAAAGCUGAGCAGAGAUCUAAUGGCCAUCCGCCUCCACACGGACAAUCACUUCCAGGGAACCAGCACCUCACGGGAAUGGCAUAUGAUCGGAAUGGUCAUAGACCGACUGCUGUUCGGCUUAUAUAUUAUCAUCAUCUCUACCUGCUUUAUCACCAUUAUAAGUAUCUGGAUCCUGAGUAACAGACAAGAAGGCUGA